GACUCCAGGGGGGCAGCAGGGUAUGUGUGUGUUUGUGAGAGUGUUUGAGGCUCGUCGAGCAGCAGGGGAACUUGAAAACUUCACUGCGUUCAGCGAGGGUCGUCUGUGUACGGAGACUCAGCGACUAGGAGCUGAAUCCGCUGCUUUACAGUCCAGCUGUGAUCGACAGAGGAGGACCGGUCCGGUUCUCAGCAUAGGAACGAUUUCCGGCCAACAUGGAUGAUUUAGAUGCUUUGUUGGCGGACCUUGAGUCCACAACAUCCCACAUUUCCAAGCGUCCGCUCUUCCUGUCUGACGAGACUGCUUACUCCUUCCCUGUUGGGGGUCAGACUCAGCAAGACCUCUGCUCUCCACCCCAAGUCCCACCUACUCCCACUGAGCAAACCCUAAACGGACUUGAUGAAACAGAGUCCUCCUCAGCUCAGAGAAGUCCCUGGUCUAGAGAUAGCAGCAGUCCAACUCAACCCAUUGGUGAAGAGGACCACGUAUACAGUUUCCCUAAUAAGCAGAAGAGUAGUGAGUCAUCAGCUGUUGCCAUGAACUCAUCGAUGGGCAGCAACCUGUCUGAGCUGGACCGCCUGCUGUUGGAGCUCAAUGCUGUCCAACAAAGCACCCCUGCCUUCGCCACAGAAGAAGAAGCAGCUCCUCCGCUGCCUGCCAGCAGCAUCAUCCACAGCGUCCAGGAGAAUGGAGUCUCUACUGCAGGCAAGGUUCCUCCACCUGUGCUGGACAAGCCCAAACGCAGUGCAGGAGCUCGGGGAAUCGAGGAUGUACGACCAAGUGUAGAGAGCCUUCUGGAUGAGCUGGAAAGUUCCGUGCCCUCACCCAUUCCCACACCGUUGGCUGUGUCAGACGAACCAACAGAUGGACAAGAGGAAACACCAUCACAGCAGCAAGCCCGAAUGUCUGCCUCCUCUGCCACACGAGAGCUGGAUGAGCUAAUGGCCUCCCUGUCUGACUUCAAAGUCCAAAGCAAUAUCCAGUCCCAGGGGAAGACAUCUCCCACCGGUCCCCCCAAACCAGCCAACAAGCUGGACAACAUGCUGGGAAGCUUGCAAUCCGACCUCAACAGACUCGGUGUCCAGACGGUGGCUAAAGGUGUCUGCGGAGCCUGCAAGAAACCCAUAGUUGGACAGGUGGUGACUGCCAUGGGCAGAACAUGGCACCCGGAGCACUUUGUGUGCACCCACUGCCAGGAGGAGAUAGGCUCCAGGAACUUCUUUGAGCGCGAGGGGCAGCCUUACUGUGAGAAAGACUACCACAACCUGUUCUCGCCGCGAUGCCACUACUGUAAUGGACCCAUAUUGGAUAGAGUAGUGACUGCUUUGGACAAGACUUGGCAUCCAGAGCACUUCUUCUGUGCCCAGUGUGGAGCCUUUUUCGGACCAGAAGGUUUCCAUGAGAAGGAUGGAAAGGCGUUCUGCAGAAAGGACUACUUUGACAUGUUUGCCCCUAAAUGUGGUGGCUGUGCUCGUGCCAUCCUGGAGAACUACAUCUCCGCUCUCAACUCACUCUGGCACCCUGAAUGCUUUGUCUGCAGGGAGUGCUUCACCCCAUUCAUAAACGGCAGCUUCUUUGACCACGAUGGCCAGCCGUACUGUGAGUCGCACUACCACGAGCGGCGCGGCUCGCUGUGUUCCGGCUGCCAGAAGCCCAUCACCGGCCGCUGCAUCACAGCCAUGGGCAAGAAGUUCCACCCAGAGCAUUUCGUGUGCGCUUUCUGCCUCAAGCAGCUCAACAAGGGCACCUUCAAGGAGCAGAACGACAAGCCCUACUGCCAAGGCUGCUUCAUUAAACUCUUCAGUUAGACUGUGUGUUUGUAUAUAAAUGUGUGUGUACAUGCAUCUACACAUUUAUGUCUGAAUGCACGUGUGUGUGCACUCACGUGUCUAGCAUGAAUGAGUCAGUGAAGUGUUUUUUGAGAAUGAGGGCGUUGGUGGAUCACAUCCUUAAGGUGAGAAACGUCUCUCACUAUUGACCCCUGACACUGAAGGGACUUCCCUGCUGUCCAACCUCUCAGGCUUGGCGUUUCACACUUUUGCUAAAGACAUUUUUAACAAAGCCCAAAGAGAUUUUUAUUUAGAGUUUUAUUCCUGUGUGCAGCAAAGAAACUACGCUUAUUUCCCCCUCAUGCGUGUGUACAUAUAUGAGCAAAUGGGUGUCGAAUUAACACUUCCCCAGAGCCCUGAUUUGUAAAUGAUUUACUCCCCCCAUUGCAGGGCAAGACUUUGCACCCUAUGGUGGUUUUAUGCAGUUAGGAGACAGCUGCUUGAUUGCAUGGACCAUGGAGAGUUGAGCAGGUUUGGAAUAUGUUGAGUGUUUAGUGUUAAGCCAAUGAGUGUUGGAAUAAUCUAUGAAACAAAAUGUAUUUUUCUAGCUUUGGAAACUAUUGAGGUGCCAUUUUAAAAUAUAACCAUGAAAACACUCCGUAUGUACAUGCACACACACACACACACACACACACACACACACACUGAACUCCUCCGUCUUCUUCUUCACAUCUUUAGAAUACCAGUUCAAACUCUUUGCACACUCCAACACCAGAUCUCUUGAUGAGACCGUCUUAAGGUGCAUUUAAAGGUGUCGGCGAGAUAUUAGUCCUUAUUUUUCUACUGUUUUACUAUGAAAAUGAACCCGGGUGUUUUCUCAGUUUUAGCGUACAUUACACUCACAUUUGUGCUCUUGUAGGUUGAUUAUUUCCCAUUGGGAGUGACAUCAAACAUACACAUCAACACAUGGACUUUUUUCCCUGUAGCAACUUUGUUUUUACUUUCCUACCGCAAAGUGUGUGUUGUGUCAUUUACAUAAAUGCUCAAAUAAAAUCAAACAGUUGCAACUGAUGAUGAUGAAAAGUAGGUCAAUAAGAAUAAUAUUGUACUACAGUUAUUAGUGUUGAACUUGUGGUGCAAUGUAAAACAAGCCAAAACAGAGCUGAUUGUCUUUACCCCACUUUGAAAAGUGGAGAUUUUCCUGCUGUAUGUACCCACACAGAAUAUAUUCAGACGAAUUUGAUUCAGAAUAAACAAUGCUUCAGUUCAACUUUUUUUUCUCCAUAUUUUACUAUUGCUACUGUUGUGACUGUAUCACUGUAUUAAAUCUAUUAAUAAGGCUGGUUCAAGAUUUAAAACAUGGUUGUGCAUUUGGAUGAGAAGCAUGCUUUCUUUUACGUGGAGUUUUAUCAGCACUCGCUGCCAGUCGCUGUUACAAUCAGAAUCUAAAUUUGUAUACCUGUAAUAUGCUCGACUUUGUGACAGAACUGUGUUUUGCCACCGUUUUGAUGAAAAUAUACAUAUAUAUAUUUUUGAGCUGUUUGGGCUCACACUGAUAUGCAAAGAGCUGGCUCUAUUGGCAUGUAGGCUAACAAUAGUUUACCCUGUUCUCACACACACGACACAUACCAGCUUUGAUUCCAGUGUGUCACACUUCCAAGGAAACGCAGCCCUUAUUACCUUUUUAUUAUGAGUCAUGAACUAUGAUCCUGCUGUCUGGGUUGAUGACAGCGCUUGGCUCACUGACAGAAGCUGGAUGUUAGUUUGAACUGGUCAGGAAUCAGAGUACAGGGCCAAGCCUCUAGCAAACCUUAUGUAAUGACUCAUCUUUAUUUUACAUGUAGCGCUGUUUUGCCGCAUAUAUGAGACAAUGAGUGUUCUUUUUUGGGGGGG